AUGUCUUCCUGCGCUUCUCCUGCAGCCAAGCGUCCCAGAACGGAAGAUACAUCCGAAGUCGCUAUCACCCGCUCUGAAAUCUGGUAUCUGGAUGGGAGCGUUGUCCUUCAAGCUGCAAACAUUCAAUUCCGCGUUCAUUUUGGUCUCCUGGCAGCGCAGUCGACGGUCUUCAGCGACAUGUACGCAAUGCCACAGCCGGAGGAGCAGUCAGAACUGGUGGAUGGUUGCCCCCUUCUAGAAGUCCAAGACGAUCCCCAAGACGUCAAGAACCUGCUCUCCGUGCUGUAUACCCCCGCCUUACUCCUGCAAACCCCACUUCCCUUGUCCUUUGUGGCAUCUCUUUUGCGACUCGGCGCCAAAUAUGAGUUUCGUGACCUUCUCGUUGUUGCAGUCAAGUGGAUCCAUCGUCAAUUUCCAUCGACCUUGGAGGACUUUCUUGCGCGGAAGGACAGCACCAAUCCCAUUGCUUCUUCGCCGGGCCUAUUAUUUGACGUCCUCGAGUUGGCCACGGAGCAUGACAUCCAAUGCUCUCUCCCUUGCAUAUACUAUGAUAUCAUGCAAACCCCAAAGAGAGAGUGGGUCGACGGGCUUAUCAGACCAUCUCGUCUCAGGACUGCUGAUCUGCGCACGUGUCUUGUGGGUUUCGAUAAGCUUUCGCAAGCCCAAUUCCAAGACGGCUACGUCUUCUCUUGGAUGCACAAGCGACCCAGUACCGAAAACUGUCUCAGUUUGCGCGUCUGCAGCGAAGAGCGCCGCAACUGCCUCAGGAGAUACAACAGCCAGGAGCAACGCUGCUCUUUCAUCACGUCUUUCAACGUCGAUAGACCCAGAAAUCAGUUGUCCAAAUACUGUUCGCCGUGCCAGCAGGAAAUCGGCGACCUGCUUGAUGCGGGCAGGCGGAAAGGAUGGGAGGACCUCCCGGGGGUUUUUGGCCUCCCAGCUUGGAGAGACCUGAAGAGUGGUUUGCCUUGA